AUGUGGCCGGCGUGCGGGGCGCUCUGGGCUUGGGCCCUGCCCUUGGCGCGGACCCCCAAGGCCCGGGCCUGCGGUGGGGGCAGGGGCAUCUCCUACACUCAGGGCCAGAGCCCAGAGCCCCGCACGCGCGAGUACUUUUACUACGUGGAUCAUCAAGGCCAGCUUUUCCUGGAUGACUCCAAAAUGAAGAAUUUCAUCACCUGUUUCAAAGACCCGCAGUUCCUCGUCACCUUCUUCUCCCGACUGAGACCAAACCGCAGCGGCCGCUACGAGGCCUCCUUCCCCUUCCUCUCUCUCUGCGGCAGAGAGCGCAACUUCCUGCGCUGCGAUGACCGGCCUGUGGUCUUCACGCAUCUGCUGGCUGCCGGCCCCGGGCCUCCGCGCCUCUCCUACUGCGGCGGCGGCGAGGCCUUGGCCGUGCCCUUCGAGCCGGCUCGUCUGCUGCCCCUGGCCACCAACGGGCGCCUCUAUCACCCCGCGCCAGAGCGCGCCGGCGGCGUAGGCCUGGUGCGCUCGGCCCUGGCCUUCGAGCUCAGCGCCUGCUUCGAAUACGCGCCUGGCGCGAAUGCGCUGCCCUCGCACGUGCGCUGGCAGGGCCGCCGCCUCGCCCUCACCAUGGACCUGGCCCCGCUGCUGCUCGCCGCCCCGCAGCCCUGAGCGUCAGGCGG